AUGGAAACACCGCUGCUUCGUCGCUCAAAUGGACGCCCGCAGGCAUGCGACCCUUGCAGAGUCCGCAAGGUUGCCUGCGAUCAUGGUCAGCCGACCUGCAGCCGAUGCAAAAAGCGUCGACAGGCGUGCGUGUACACGGUCGCACCGACUCCGAAGCCGAGGCGGAAUCCGCAGCCUUGCUCGACGACUCCGACUUCCACGCCGACGCCGCCCUGUGCAGGCUAUCUCGGCUUCACUAGUCACAGCACCGUGUUCGAGGAGACACGGAAUAGCCUCACGCUAGUCCAUGGAUCCCGCCCUGUCGACUCCGGCCCUAGACGCGGCCAUAGGGUCCGCUCCGAGAUGCCACCACCGCUCCGAGAGAUGUACUUGUAUGUUCUGCGCAACCUCCCAAAGCUAGAGGAUCUCCUUUCCAUCCAACGCGAUCUGGCUCAACAUGAUGGAUGGAUCUUCGAGUUGUGUCAACCGGACGGAUGGAUCAUCGAGUCCACCAGGCGCAUCGUCCAGACAAUCCAAGACAACUUUCCUCUAAAUCUCGACGACGAUGCAGUGCUGGAAGACUGUGCUCGCACCAUCAGCGCCAACACGUCUCGUCCGUUUCGCGAUACCGAUGUUGGCACUGAAGAAUGGAUUGAUCAGUUUACACGAGUCCUGAGGUGGGAGUCGAUCGGGGUGCUUUGGACCUUCUGGGACGUCGGCACCUGGGGUGGUAUUCGCGAGGAGAUGGUUAGUUCAUGUCUCAAAUACUGCAUCGAGCUCGCCCUGCACUUUACCCCGGGCAACGAAAUAAUCCUGCAUUUAUGCUAUCGAAGGUCUACCAUGGAAUCUAUGGUUUCAGGAGAUGCUAGUAAGUUGUCCCUAAAGUCAGUAGGUCUUGCGUGUUGGAGCUACCACAGCGAGACGGUAGCGUUGAUGACGUUUCUCGGCCUCCACGCUGAGCCAGAGACGUUGCAAUAUCGCCCGUCACUCAUCUCGGAGAAUAGACGACGUCUGUUUGCUCGCGUCUUCAACAUAGACAAGGUCAUGGUAUCGUUUUCUGGACGCCCACCACUCAUCGGUCGCCGUUACUCCUCGACACCCCUGCCGUUGGAUCUUUCAGAUGGGGUCCUAUUUUCCGACGACGAGACAAUAGCCCAGGCUGUUCAGGCGUUGGAUGCGCGGGGAUGGAACACGGAAGGGAGAUUGUACCCAGCCACGCUCCUACGCGCACGCGCCAUGAUUGCAUUCAUCAGGGACGAACUCCUUGAGGUUGCACUGAGUCUCGGCUCUCACACGACUCUCGCCCAGCUACAAGACAUCAAAGACCGCCAGAUAAGCACCAUGGCCGAGUUUCCCAUUGGCCUCGUCUACCGCCACGAAGAUGUCGACGACCCUGACGUUCACGUCCAGCCUCUCUUCUCGAGGAUGUUGGUCAGACUAGAGCACCUCCAGAAUCUCUUCUUUGUUGAGAGGCUUAUGCUUCGACUUGGAAAACCUGACCAGGGGGAUCUUUUAGUCACCAGCUUCGAGAUGUUGUCUCUCACGCUUGUCCUGUGGAAACGACAGGAUAGGUUUGUGAGUAUCCGACGUGAUUUUGAGUGGCUGGUAAGUAAUUUACCCAACUGGUGA